AUGAGGGGCGUGGGCUCGGGGGGCAGCGGGGGGGGCUCUGCCCGGUCCAGCCUGCGGGCCUUCGCCCACAGCUCCUCGCUGCAUGGCAUCAGCCACGUCUUUGCCUACGGGGCUGCGUCGCUGCGGCGGGGGCUCUGGGGGGGCUUUUUCCUGGGCUCUCUGGGGCUGCUGCUGCUCGUCUGCGCCGAGCGUGUCGCCUACUUUCUCACCUACCCCCACGUCACCAAGCUGGACGAGGUGGCAGCUGCCAACCUGACCUUCCCUGCCAUCACCAUCUGCAACCUGAACGAGUUCCGCUUCUCCAAGAUCACCCGCAAUGACCUGUACCACGUCGGGGAGCUGCUGGCGCUGCUCGACCACCGCUUCGAGAUCAGCCGCCCGCAGCUGGCAGAGCCUCACGUCCUGGCAGCGCUGCGGGACAAGGCCAACUUCAGGAACUUCAAGGCCAAGCCCUUCAGCAUGGCUGAGUUCUACAACCGCACGGGCCACGACCUGGCCGAGAUGCUGCUCCAGUGCUCCUUCCGUGGUGCUGGCUGCACCGCACACAACUUCACCGUGAUCUUCACCCGCCUGGGCAAGUGCUACACGUUCAACGGCGGGGGCCCGGGCCGGGAGGUGCUGACUACGCUGCGGGGUGGCGCGGGCAACGGGCUGGAGCUGAUGCUGAACGUGCAGCAGGAGGAGUACCUGCCCGUCUGGGGGGACACGGAUGAGACCUCGUUCGAGGCGGGGGUGAAGGUGCAGAUCCACAGCCAGGACGAGCCCCCCUUCAUCGACCAGCUCGGCUUCGGCGUUGCCCCCGGCUUCCAGACCUUUGUCUCCUGCCAGCAGCAGCGGCUGGUGUACUUGCCCCCACCGUGGGGGGACUGCAAGGCCACCCCCAUCGAGUCCGACUUCUUCAGCGCCUACAGCCUGACCGCCUGCCGCCUGGACUGCGAGACACGCUACCUGCAGGAGAACUGCAACUGCCGCAUGGUCCACAUGCCAGGCAACGCCAAUGUCUGCACCCCAGAGCAGUACAAGGAGUGUGCUGACCCUGCACUGGACUUCCUGGUGCAGAAGGACAGUGAGUACUGUGCGUGCCGCACGCCCUGCGCCAUGGUGCGCUACGGCAAAGAGCUCUCCAUGGUGAAGAUCCCCAGCAAGGCCUCCGCCAGGUACCUGGCCAAGAAGUUCAACAAGACUGAGCAGUACAUCGCGGAGAACGUGCUGGUCUUGGACAUAUUCUUCGAGGCACUCAACUAUGAGAUGAUCGAGCAGAAGAAGGCCUAUGAGGUGGCAGGGCUGCUGGGUGACAUCGGGGGGCAAAUGGGGCUCUUUAUCGGUGCCAGCCUGCUCACCAUCCUGGAGAUCUUCGAUUACCUGUACGAGGUGUUCCGGGACAAGCUCCUCAGCUUCUACAGGGAGAGGAAGAGGAACGGCGGCAGCGCCCUGGAGGCUGCAAGCCGGCCGGGGCGGGGGGAGCUCCGGUGCCCCGCCCCCGACGCCCCAUGUCCCCGCAGAGCCCCCUGCCCCCCCUGCGCUGCCCGGACGGUCUCGGCCUCCCCCCGAACCUGCUACCUCGUCACCCGCCUCUAG